UUCAUUUAAAUUAUAAAUCGUCGUCUAUGACCUGCGUGAGUCGCAUUCGUAUGGCAAUAAUUUCUUUACUAAUUACUUCACAGUUCACAAAUUGUUAACAAGGAAUCGAGAAUGAAUUUUUUAAGCAAUUUAUUACAAAGAGCCGCAAUAAUAAACUACAGAGCUCCUCAAAUAUUAUCAGUGUUGCAUACACCACCAGUUACUGGAUUAACUAUAGUACCUUCUAGAGGUUUCAAAGUUUUUGGAAAAGUAAGAAAGCGUUGCAAGGAUUGUUACUUUGUUACCAGGGAUCAACGAUUAUACAAUUUAUGCAAAACCUUUCAAAAACAUAAGCAAAUGAGCAUCAGACACACAGACAAGGCUUACUAUAUUCUCACAGGUGUGCAGCAAAAAAAACAAAGGGAAUGGUGAUGGAAAUGAGCAUAACAUAAUACACUUAGUUCAAAAAAUUCAACUUUUUACAUUCUUUAAAGAUAACAUGUAUCCACUUUUGGUGUUCUUUAAGUUAAUAGUUAUUUGUUGUAUAGACUGAAAUGUAGGUAAAUAUAUAAACAAUAUAAUAUUUAUAUUAUCGUGUUGUAUAAAUUAUUCUAUCUUUAUAUGAUUGCCUAUAUUGAGUGUUUAAUUUUUAAAUUUUUCUUUUUGAAGGAUUACCACUAAAACAGAUUGAUUGUAAUAAUGGUUUUAAAUUUGAUAUAAAUUUGAUUUGUAAAAUACAAAAUAUCUAUAAAC